CACGCGGGGCGGGGCUCCGGCAGCCGCGGGAGCCGCAGUUCGGACUCCCAGCGCCUCAGCCGCCGCAGUUGCCUUCACUCUGGUGGCCCCGCGUCCCUGCGGGGACUCUGGGGGUCGGCCCGCCGCUCGGACUUGGCGCGGGGCCCGCCACGCCUCUCCCUCCCUCGGUGGGGCCUAGACGGUCGGGGGCCGCGGAGAAAUGGAGCCGGCUUCCACUACGGGGGGCUCGGAGACCACUCGCCUGGUGGGCCCCCGAGACCGCGGCGGCGCUGGUGGCGGCCUGCGUUUGAAGAGUCUCUUCACAGAGGCCCCCGAGCCCCUCCCUGAGGAGCCCAAACCCAUGGAGAUGUCCUUCCACCACUGCCACCGGGAGCCCCUGCCUCAGCCGGGUCUCACCCCGGAGAGGAUGCAGGCGCAGAGGCAGCUGUGCACCGCCUGUGCUGUGUGCUGCGUCUUCAUGGCUGGGGAGGUGGUUGGUGGGUACUUGGCGCACAGCCUGGCCAUUAUGACUGACGCGGCCCACCUGUUGGCGGACGUGGGCAGCAUGAUGGGCAGCCUCUUCUCCCUCUGGCUCUCUACUCGUCCAGCCACCCGCACCAUGACCUUUGGCUGGCACCGCUCAGAAACUCUGGGGGCUCUGGCCUCUGUGGUCUCCCUCUGGAUGGUCACUGGCAUCCUCCUGUACCUGGCCUUCAUCCGCCUGCUGCACAGCGACUACCACAUCGAGGGGGGUGCCAUGCUGCUGACCGCCAGCAUUGCAGUCUGUGCCAAUCUGCUAAUGGCUUUUGUGCUGCACCAGGCUGGGCCCCCCCACAGCCACGGGUCUAGGGGGCCAGAGUAUGCACCGCUGGAGGAGGGGUCCGGGGAGCCCUUGCCCCUGGGGAACACCAGUGUCCGGGCGGCCUUUGUGCACGUGCUGGGAGACCUCCUGCAGAGCCUUGGGGUGCUGAUUGCCUCCAUCCUCAUCUACUUCAAGCCUCAGUACAAAGCAGCUGACCCCAUCAGCACCUUCCUCUUCUCCAUCUGUGCCCUUGGAUCCACAGCUCCCACCCUGCGAGAUGUUCUCCGUGUCCUCAUGGAAGGGACCCCCCGAAGUGUGGGCUUUGAACCCGUGCGGGACACCUUGUUGUCAGUGCCGGGAGUCCGGGCAACCCAUGAGCUGCACCUGUGGUCCCUGACGUUCACGCACUACGUUGCCUCUGCACACCUGGCCAUUGACUCCACGGCCGACCCUGAAGCUGUCCUAGCUGAAGCUACAUCCCGGCUCCACUCCCGGUUUGGAUUCUCCAGCUGCACCCUGCAGGUCGAGCAAUACCAGCCCGAGAUGGCCCAGUGCCUGCGCUGCCAGGAGCCCCCCCAAGCCUGAGCCCCGGCCCCAGCCUCACCCCACUGCCAGGCCCAGGCUCUGCCCUGGACUCUCCUGCCUCCCUGCUCACAGAGAAGGGACGGAACUGGGCCCGCACCCUUCCCCUCUCCCCCGCUUCCACCUGUCCCCUCCAGCCCCAGUGGGCAAGACCAAAGUGUGUGUGUCGGGGAGUGGGCCAGAGUCAGGCUGAGCAGGGAAAUCAGUGCGGUGGUUGUGGGGUGGGUAGAAGUCCUGUGGUCCCCGCUCCCCGUGGUCUGGGGAAUCCCCAGUGUCCUUUCUGUGCAGUUCAUUUGUCUGCGUGGCAGCCUGGCUGGCUGCGGGUAUCUGCCUGUCUGUGUGCUGUCCGUGUGCCUAUGCCUGGGGGAGGUCAGCAGGGGCCCCCUCCCCAUGUGGCCCUCGCUCUGUCUAUGCAGGAGCCCCAAAGCCCGCACUUUGUCCGUGUGUUCUAGCCCUGUGGUUCUGUGUCUGUGUGUGUUUCUUGGUGCUGUGGCCUGUGUGUCUCUGUGCCUUGCGUGGCUGUGCUGUGAUCUUUAUGAGUCUGCACCAUCUGUGUGUCCGUGUGGGAUUCUGUCUGUCCAUCCUUCCGUUGGUGCUGUGCCCUCGGCUGUCCCAGAGAGAGGGAGACUCCGCCGAAGCUCCACCAAUAAACUUGUGUCAACUGCACCUCUCA